AUCUUUUUAUUUAAACUUAUUAAUAGAUCCACUGCCUUCCAACGGCUUAUUAAUAAAAUCUUAAUAGAGUACUUGGAUAAGUUUAUUAUAAUUUAUAUUAAUAAUAUAUUAAUUUACAAUAAUAAUAUAGCUGAGUAUAAAUUAUAUAUAUAUUUAGUACUUAAGAAAUUAUAA